GCGGAAGUACAGCUGCUGCCCUCACCUGGACGGAAGUGUGGCGGCCUCCUCACCUGGGCGUCUCUCCACCUCGCCAGAGGCUGGGCGGGGCGAGCGGGGCUCUAGCCCCUGGGCGUCUGCGCGCCUGUAAAAGUUCCGGGGAUGCGCUGACUCAACGUAAAAUAUCCUAAAUGUCAAUCUGUGUCCCCAUCGUCCUAAGGGUGCUUGUUUGCUCGUGGCUUUUGGGGAUCAAGCUCAGGUCCUUGUGCUUUUGAGAUGAACACUUAGCAGAAGCCAGCUCCCCAGUCCUGAACAGACACUAAAUGAGAUUAAGAUGGUCCCUGAUCAAGGAUGACAAGCGAACAUAUUAAAAAAAAAAAAUCUCGCCUUUGUGACUGACUGCGUCUAGUUAUCUCAGGGAGCACCCUUAGAAAACCUAAGCUGCCCUACAAGAGUCAGGCUCCUUUAAGGCCCUUCCUUAUCUCGGAGGCGGAACCGGAAGCGCGAGGACGCGGUGCCCAACAUGGCGGCCGCCUGGCCCGCGGGUCGGGCUUCUCCAGCGGCGGGGCCUCCGGCCCUCCUCCGCACUCUGUGGCUCGUGACGGUCGCCGCGGGACAUUGUGGGGCUGCUGCCUCUGGCGCUGUCGGAGGCGAGGAGACGCCCAAGUGUGAGGACCUCAGAGUGGGACAAUAUAUUUGUAAAGAACCAAAAAUAAAUGAUGCUACGCAAGAACCAGUUAAUUGUACAAACUACACAGCUCAUGUUCAAUGUUUUCCAGCACCCAACAUAACUUGUAAGGAUUUGAGUGGUAAUGAAACACAUUUUACUGGAAGUGAAGUUGGUUUUCUCAAGCCCAUAUCUUGCCGAAAUGUGAAUGGCUAUUCAUACAAAGUGGCAGUUGCACUAUCUCUUUUUUUGGGAUGGCUGGGAGCAGAUCGAUUUUACCUCGGAUAUCCUGCCUUAGGCUUGUUAAAGUUUUGCACUGUGGGAUUUUGCGGAAUUGGGAGCCUAAUUGAUUUCGUCCUUAUUUCAAUGCAGAUCGUCGGCCCUUCGGAUGGGAGUAGUUACAUUAUAGACUAUUAUGGAACCAGACUCACGAGACUCAGCGUUACUAAUGAGACAUUUAGAAAAACACAGUUGUAUCCAUGAGUGUUUGAAAGAGGAACAGAUUUGAGCCUCCCUGAUUUCAAUCAAGAGCCCUGUGUGUGGAAUUCCAGAUUUCCUUUUCCUUUAGUAUCACUUUAUGGGUUCUAGAUGAUGUUUGACAUGUGCUCAACCUUGAUUUGUUGAUUUAGUUAGAGUAUACUAUUCCUAGAUUUAUUUAAUAGUCUUUCUUAAAAUCAGUAUACUAUGUUUCGAGGGCUUCUGUCUCUAUGAGACAGCUAGUCUAUCACUUUGUUACUAUUGUAUUACUGUCAUGUCCUUUACACGUCACUUGUCAUUUUUAUUUGUGAAAAAUAAAAAGAUAACUUAUUCACA